AUGCAGCUCGAGCGGGUUUUGAUAUGCGGCUCUUUGGGGUUUUCGUCACUAGAGUGUAUCGCUAUGUUUAGCGGCAUCGCUGAGAUAAUCUUUCUGGACUGCUCUAGUCGACAAGAGCUACUCAUGGCACUUCAAUCGGGAAAGGAAUAUGAUGGCAUCUGCGGUAUAGUCAGGCACUGGAAUGCGGCAAGUAUUACCGGCCCAUUCGAUGAAGAAUUCAUCGAGAGUCUGCCUCGGUCCGUAAAAUACAUCUCAAGUAUGAAUUCCGGCUAUGAUAUGAUUGACAUACAAGCAUGCAAGCGCAGAGAUAUACUAGUUUCAAACACACCCGGGGUCGGCGACGACGCAACGGCGACAGUUGCCCUCUAUCUCAUCAUUUCUACGCUGCGGAGGCUCUCCGAGGGCGAGCGGAGCGUCCAUUCGGGGCUCUGGCGGCCCCCUAACAUUACUCACAAUGCGCAUGAUCUCACAGGACGCACGCUGGCCAUCAUCGGGCUGGGUGGGAUAGGCAUGCGCCUCGCCGAGCUUGCACAUGCCUUUCCCAUGCGGGUUCUAUACCACAAUCGCCACAGAGCGGCGCGCGCCCCAAAGUACUGCGAAUUUUUUGACGCAGCACAUAUAGAUGAGAUGCUCGCAAUGGCCGAUGUGCUCAGUAUCCAUGUCCCCCUGGAUGAUCAUACAGAGGGACUUAUCGAUGAGAAAAUGAUUCGGAAACUAAAGACAGGUGCUGUUGUGAUCAACACAUCGCGCGGGAGGGUUAUUGAUGAGGCGGCGAUGAUCAGAGCACUAGAGGAUGGACAUCUAUCUGCUGUCGGCUUAGACGUUUAUCCCGAUGAACCGAAAGUCAAUCCACGUCUUUUAGAUUUCUCCAACGCUACGCUGCUUCCCCACCUUGGUGGUGUCUCUGCGGAAACACAAAUGCAACAGGAGAGUCAAGCUCUAUCCAAUCUGAAGGAAUUCUUAAGUACAGGGACAGCGCGCGAUCUUCUACCAGAGUUACGUUAG